AUGCUUUUAGUGGAACCUAUUCGGAUCUUAAAAGAAGAUCAACUUUGUGCUACGGGUGGUGGAGUUAUACAACCCUAUUUGUUCUCCAAAAGCUUCUAUGAUGAUAUGAAUACUGAAAAACUACGUCAAGUAGUUAAAGAAAAUGAGGUUGAAGCCAAUAUCUUCUAUUUUGAUCCAAAGACGAUUGAUUGGGAAGAUUAUUUCUUGCAUACACAUCUUCCUGGUGCAGUGAAACACGUAUUUAAAUGAAUGCAGAGCUCAUAAGGAUGAGUUAUUUGAUACGUUCUAUCAUAUUGUUUUUGGUACAAGUGUCAAAAUUGUCUUUUACUUUAUUGUGGUCGUUG